CAUCUCAAUUUUUCUUGCUCUCAAAACUACUCACCAAUUAACAAUAGAGAAGCACACUUUCAUUCAACACAGACCUAACAAGACAGGCAAAUUAUGGCUUCUACUUGUGCAGUUUCGAUGGCAAUGCCACUGACUUACACAAGUCACAAGAGACAACCAAGAGUUGAGGCUUUCUUGCAGCCAUUGCCAGUAAGGCCCUCAAAGACUACUUCAGAAUCAAAACCAGCAAAGUUUCAAGUGAAGGCUUCGCUUAAGGAGAAAGCUUUGACAGGAUUGACAGCAGCUGCACUCACUGCUUCCAUGGUCAUGCCUGAUGUAGCCGAAGCAGCAGAGAGUGUUUCACCAUCCCUAAAGAACUUUUUGCUCAGCAUUUCUGCAGGUGGAGUUGUGCUUGCUGCAAUUCUUGGCGCUAUAAUUGGUGUUUCCAAUUUUGAUCCUGUCAAGCGAACUUAACAAGCAUUAUUCUCAACUAUCUUCUUGUAUCUAUCUCAUGUUUUCAGUCAAGAUCAAUAAAAUGUUUGCAUAACGAUCAAUUCUUAGCUCA